AUGCAUAUGAGAAAACAGUUUUUAUCAUUCAAUGACCAUUGUUAUAAAUUCAGGCUUUCCCCUUGUAAAAGUAUAUUUCUACAUUAUAUAUGUAUUUAACCCAAAUUUUGACCCAUAAAAAUGAAUUGUUUAGUAAAUAGUAAAACAUGUUCUUGUCAAAAAUCCAUCCUGAUAUAAUUACCAGUUUAUUAUCCUGAUGGGCAUGAGGCUCCACUGUAACUUGAAAAUAAAAUGCAUUUAAUACAAUUAAUUUUCUGAAUUUUGUAGCUUAGCAAGAGUAUUCACCUUUGUAAUCCUGUAACUGGCAGAAGAGCUUUGGCUUACUGUUAAUGCCCAGCAUUCCAAGAAACUGUCAAGCCACACAUUGCUAGCUCAAGAGAAGACAGCAGUUCUCACAUUCAAGGACAGUGUCACUUCCACACCAUUAUAAGUUGAGGAGGCUGUCUGUACAGAGUGUAAAUUUUCUUAGAAUAACUAGCCUACUUAGUGUAUAAUGUCUUUUUAAAUGAGAAUAAUAAGAUUGUAUACAUUUCUAAGCUUAUACUUUGUGUUUAUAUUAAAGCAUUUUUUUUUUGUUUGAACACAUCAGAGACCAGAAAUAGCUGGAAUGCUAUCUUAAACCAAAAAUCUAUUUAAACGCUUAUUUAAUGCUGCUUAAAUGAAGAAAGAGAUAUAAAACAUCCAAAACUCCACCUGGUAACUAUCCUGUUGAGACACUGGUCAGUAUGUCACUCAAUCCAAGUCGGCCUUCUUCAUCAGAGCUGGUGGAACUUCAUGUUUUUUAUGUCCCUGAAGGAUCGUGGAACUAUAAAUUAAAUACUAUUUCAAUAGAAGUUAUUAACAAGUUUAUUUCUGCUGGAUUUAUAAGAGUAUCUCCUGAACUUACUUUACAAGCUCUGAGGGAGCGCCUUGGUGAGUUUCUCGGUGUAGAUGCUGUUGCAGAAAAAUUUUUAUUUCUGAAAUGCAUUGGAAAUAAUUUAGCUGUGGUGAAGGAAAGGCAAGAAUCAGAACUGAAACUCAAAGCAUUUGCUCCUCCAUAUGCUCUUCAGCCAGAAUUAUAUUUGCUUCCUGUAAUAGACCACUUAGGAAAUGUUUAUUCAGCAUCUUCACCAGUUACUUUAGAUGAACGGCAGAGUAAUAAUGAUACCACAGAGAUUAAUGGAAUAAUCCACAGACCAGAUAGUAUAACUUUAUCAAAGGAUGAACCUGGAGAUCCAACUUUGUUGGAAAAUAUUUGGAAAGACUUUACAAAUCAAGAAGAAGCUGAGGAAAGCCAGACUACACAAAACCACCAUGGAAGUUCUGAGGUGCCAGGAUCAUUGGAAGAGUCAAAUGAUUGUUUGGGAAAGCUAAAAAGUCCAUAUCUUUGGAAAGAUGAUGAUGAUAAUACAGCUAUCAAUAGAUGGCAGGCCAAACCGGUGCGUGACAAGGAGCACAUCACCCUACCAGAUCUUAUUGAUUUCCCUUCAUUUCCUUCUCAGCGAGUUUCUUCAAGAUUAACAGAUUCCUCUUUGUUAAAAAUCGAGAGAGAGAAGAUUAUUGAACAAAUGAAACAAGUAAAGGAAGAAAGAAAAUAUCUGGAAAAUAUUAGAGAAGAACUAUUAAAAAAAGUUGAAAAGCUAUUUGAGCAAAAUAAAUCAAAACAAUAUCGUGUUUGUGUUUUGUUUGUAGUCUGUGAUAGCUGGAAGAAAAAAUACUUGGACACCAAGAAAGUCACAGCAUCACUGGAGGAAAUUUUAACAAAACUUCGAGAAGAUUUGGAACUUUACUAUAAAAAACUCCUCAUGCAGCUUGAAGCCAGGGAGAUCAAGAUGCGACCAAGGAAUCUGGCAAAUAUCUCAGAUUCAAAGAAUUACCUUAUAAUCCAGAUCACUGAAGUACAGCAUGCAAUUGACCAACUUAAGAGAAAAUUGGAUACUGAUAAAAUGAAACUCAUAUUAGAAGUUAAGAUGAGGAAACAAGCAGUUUCAGAUUUACAGACACUGAAAGCUGAACUGACACAGAAGAAAAUGGGCACAUCCUUCCGACCACCAAUAUUUUCUGGAAGUGUGCUAACUUAGGAAUUUGACAGAUGAAGACUGUGAUAAAUCAGCCAGAAGAACAGGUAAUAGCAGUGAAGGAGGAAAGUGCCAUCUGCCUGGGUCUUACAGAAUUGAUUCUAAAAGGCUGCUGGAGGGGACUGCCUGGAUGACUUAGCACAGAACUGAUCAAGAACAAUGAACUUGUGGUCUUGUACCCUGUACCACUGUCUCUCAAGAAACACAUGGGUUAUUUAAAAGUAAAUGAAAGGACCAGAUGUAGGCAAAAGAACAAAUGAAGGAGGAAAAUGUAUUAGGAGAAAAAAACAGAACUAUAAUGAAAAAUAUGUUUUAUAGCAUGAAGAAACUAAAGGUAAUUCUGAAUGAAUGACAGUAAUGUUUUUAUCUGUGGUGGCACUCUUGGAAUUAGUUUUUUGAUUAGUCUACUUUGAAGAACAAUAGUAAUUUCAUAAGCAAAUAGGCUAUGGUGCAUUACAGUUUAGUGAACUCAUUCAAGAAGGCAUAUCUAAUUCUUCUUUCUUUUCUUUGUGGAUUGAUUGGUUUAAGCAUGCUUAAAAUAUACAUUCUAGAAUAUUGAGUCCAAGACGAAGCUGCUAUUGUUGAACCGAAUGAAAAAGCUGAAUGAUUCUUUUCAGACACAACAGAAACUUGAUUGUACUGUGAUUGAAAAUGAGGAACAUAGUCAUAAGAAUAGACAGUUGCUUAAAGUGCCAUCAGAUGGCCUCCAAGGCUCCCCAAAAUGUUUCAUGAAUUAUUUGACAUCAACUAGUAUGUUCUGGAUAGUGGUUACCAACACACACAGUCAGAUGAAAGGAAUAGCUCAUGAAUGAGAAGAGUUCAAGAGCUUUAGACAUAAAGAAAUCAAAGGAAAAAUGCUGUCCACCUUGAUUUUAUCAUUGGAUGCUGUGUAUUGCAUUGAAAACCACUCUAAAUCCCACUGAUAUAUGCAACUAAUGCAUGUGAAUAAAAAUAUUUUACAGUGUGUCUAGGAAAUAAACAUUCUUAACUCCAAAAUUAAUCUAUUCUUCCAAAGAAACUAAAAUGGUGGUUAUAUCAGAAGAUGUGGCUGGGGAGAAUGAGAGACGUUCAAAGGACACACUACUUAAACAAGGAAAUAAGUCAGAGAGAUGGAGGAAGUAUCACCAUCACUAUCAGCAAGGUAGCAAGGGAUUACAUAUUUUAAAAUUGCUGAUUUUAACUGAUCUCACUAUAAAAGAACUGUCUGAAGUAAGACACAUGUAUGGGUAUAUAUAUCAAAGCAGGUUGUAUACCAUAAAUAGAUAAUAUUUUCUUGAAAUUAUAUCUAUUUUUAAAAAUAUGUUUCUGCAUCUUCUCAUUUAGUAAAAAAAUUACACCAAUGAUUAUAAAACAGUCUAUGACAGUGUAUACUAUCGUUUUAUAGUGUAUACUAUCGUUUUAUAUAUAUUUAUUUAAAUUAUAUAUAAUUGAUUACUAUAACAAUAAAAUACUGUUCUCCUACCCUGUUCUGAGUAGACUGAAGCAGGUUCUAUGUUAAAUAAAUAGCUUUAUGUACUGCAGUAUUUCUUAAAUAUUUUAGUAUAAUUCCAUACAAUAGAAAUCCCAGGGAGGCUGGAGAGAUGGCUCAGCGGUUAAGAGCACUAGCUGUUCUUCCAGAGGUCCUGAAUUCAAUUCCCAGCUACCACAUGGUGACUCACAACCAUCUGUAAUGAGAUCUGGUGCCCUCUUCUUGCAAAACACUGUAUACAUAAUAAAUGAAUAAAUAAAAAAUCUUUUUUUUAAAAGAAAUCCCAGAUCAAUAGAUAUAGCAAACUGUUUUCUAAAUAUGCUUGGUCAUUGCAUAUGCAUGCAAUUUGCACAUAUAUGUGCAUGUCUGUGCAUAUGCUAACAGUUCUCAGAACAGAGUUCUAAUAAUAUUGCGUAUACGUGUGUGUACGUAUGUCCACGUUUGUAUGUGUGUAUAUGCUAUACAUACAGUUAUAUGUAUGUUUUCUUAUGUAAUGUCUGUUUCUUCUAAAAUUCCUUAAAUUUGUUUUACUUUUAAAAUAAAAUUGACAAAUGCUGUUUUUCAGUAUAAAAACUAUAACGACUCAUCUAUUAAUCUCAGCUUCAUUCCCACCUCUCUGAAUCUCAUUAGAAUUGUUAAGCUAUUUUGAAAUAAAUGGAGACUUUCAAACAUAAAACCUACUUUGUCCAAAGCCCUUUGAAAAGCAAAUUACCUUAGCAUAAUUGUCAGCUAUUAAGGUAGCCCUGUUUGUGAUAUGCAUAAACAUUCAAAAGAAAGUAGAUCAAGCAGAGUAUUGCACUAGUAACGUAACUUCGAUUGUUCCCCAGUCAACUAAAUUUCCUGAUUACACAGACUCAAAGACAGGUUUAUGCACAUAAACAGUAAAACUGGUAAAUUACUAAUAUCAACUAUAUAACCACAAAAUACAGAAUUAUGGAAACUAGUAAAGAUCGUACAUAGUUUAUGACAGUUUACCUUGUAGUUAUAAU